AUGUUCGACUCGAUUCGGCAAUGCUUCCACGAAGCCGUUGGAGGUUGUGAUCCUGAAACUUACGGGGACACUGCGAUGUAUGUCCAAGCUCCGAGCCACGACGACGACGUUCGAGCUGCCACCGACAUCAUUCGUGUUCUUCAAGAAUCAGAAAAAGCUGGCAAAGAUCUAGAGAAUCAAGUAGCAAUUGUCAUGGGUGUUCGAAAGUGGACCGAAACUCUCGCGAAGAGAGUGUUAGAGGGACUCGAGAAAGGGUUGAAGGCUGGUAUGAAGAUGGGAGAACCGCUCAAAGAUGCAUUCGACAGGGCAGUGGCAGCGGCUGUUGACUUUGCACGUGAACACCCAGUCUACACCACUGUCAUCGCCAUUGGGAUACUGGUUGCCCUCCUCCCCUGGGUGAUUGAGGCACUUGGAUUUGCAGAACUUGGGCCUGUGGAAGGGACCUUUGCGGCAUGGUGGCAAUCGAGAUAUUUAGGGUAUGUGCCAAAAGGCUCUCUUUUUGCGUUCUUCCAGCGACUCGGCAUGAUCUGGAAGCAUAAAGUGGUCUGUCAAACCGCUGUGCCACCGAUGACAUACGCUAUCUCGAAGACUUGA